GUACGGACGAGGCUAUCUAAACGGAGUAUAACAAUGGAGGUGGAGCAGGACCAUAGUUUCCUGGGUCCGAUCACUUCCCUGUGUUGUCAUCUGACAGUCGGUCAGAAUCCGGCGGACGCACCAGCCAUCACCACUCCACAGCUUAAGAAGAUCAGGGCCAAUGCACUAAAGAAUAUUUUGUUCCCAGAUGCAUCUAAAAAUGCAGCCGUCGCGCCGGUCUCGGAGCUGUGCCGUCUGCACGGCGUCUGGUUUCUGCUCAACUCGGCCGGUCAGCAGGAGCCGGCCGCUCGGCUGCACGGCCUGCUGGAGAGGCUGGGACCCGACCCGCCGCCGGCCGUGCGUGCCGCGCUGCGACUGCUGCUGGCCCUCGCCGACCGUCGGCUGGGACAACAGCCGUCACCGGCGCCGCUAGGACGCUUCGGCACGCGCGUCAGCUACGAGGCGCCAUGGCAGCGCGGCCCGCCCGUCUACAGUACCGAGUAUAUGGCGCCGGAGGACUCGCGCCAUUUCAUGGAGUACCCGGCGCGCGCUUUUGCGGCCGACCCGCGCCUCCCGUCGGACGGCGCGCCGCGGGCGGGGCUGUUUGACCUGCCGCCCGGUCAGGGGGUCAACAUGUUCGGCCAGUCGCUGCUCUCAGAGCCCGGAGGACCGCUAGGGGCGCUGGUGCAGAGCCGCAGCACGGCCGGCCCUGGGGAGCGGCUCCGCCUGCCUCCCCUGCCGGCCGACCCGCGUCGCGUGCCGUUCGCGCCAGAGACUCUGAUUCGGGAGGCACCCACGACGGCCCUGUCCCGGUCCCGGCCCCGACAGAAGGGCGGGAGGAGGACGCCAGAGCGGGGAACAGAGACCCCUCUCCCGUCCGCCCGGAGCCCGUCGCCGGCCGGCUCUGACGCCCCAGACAGCUGGGAGGCGGCGGCGCGCGGCCCGCCCACCAGCGGCCGGCUGUGCUGGGAGCAGCGCGGCCGGCGCCAGUACCGCCGCCAGCCGCCGCCGCUCACCCAGGCCGGCCCGGCGGCGGUACCCCUGCUGCGGCGACUGCUGCUGAGCUGGGGAGGCGCCACCGUCACCGCCCCCCAGCCGCUGCCGGUGGAGCAGCUGCUGGCCCAGCUGCGGCUCAUGAUGAUGGGACUGGACACGGAGAGCUUUCCGUAUGACCCAGCAGCCGGGACGUUCCGGGUGGCCGAUGGUCUCUGCACGGAGCGCUGCAGUCCGGAGGCGGUGGCGGCGCGCUGCGGCGCCUGGGUAAGCUGCGGUUCGCGCUGCCGCCGCGUGGCGGCGCUGGUGGCGGCAGGAGGCAGCGGAUGUCUGACGGAGCGAGCGUUCGCCACUGCUGUGGAGCCGUGUCUGCGAGGAUACCGCGCUGCGCUGGCGGAGGUUCGGGCGGACACACUCGCUGAGUUCGGCCGCCGUGUACGGCCGCUGGUCAGACUGAUGGCGCUGCUGGCCGAUGUGUGCUGCGUCACAACUAGUGAUUCGGAGCUGCCGCAAAAGAUGGCGCUGGUGUCGCACCUGUACGAGCGCCUGGUGGGGGCUUCCGAGCGCGCGGAGUGGGCUCUGACGGCACACCUCUUCAGGACCACGGUCACACCCUACCUGGGGUUCCUGACGGGCUGGCUGCUGGAGGGGGUCUGCCGGGAUCCGUACGAUGAGUUCCCGGUCCGUCAGCUACCAGCCGCCGCCAGUACCACGGACGAGACGUUCUGGACGUCUGCCUACGAGCAGGUGCCCGGGGGCACCGACAACGACCACCCCAGCUUCCUGAAGAACCUCUCUGUGGGUAUGUACCAGUGCGGCAAGGCGCUGAGCCUGCUGCGACUGUGUGACUCGGGACACCCGCUGGUGCAGCCGCCGGCCGAUCUCCGCGUCCGGCUGGCCUUCAGUCUGACCGAACUGGGGGAGAUUGAACACCAGGUGGUCAGUUACGAGGCGGCGAUGCAGUGUCACGUGGCCAACACGCUGUCCCGCCAGCUGUCUGAGCAGCGUCACCAGGAGCAGGAGCUGGAGCGGUCGGCCGGCCGGCGGCGCCAGUCGGCCAUCAGCUCCAUACAGGAGACAAUGCUGGCGCAGCGGCGGCGUCGCGCCGACCAGAAGCGGCAGCUGCUGGAGGAGCAGCUGCAGGACGUGGAGCGCAGCCGACAGCUGCAGCGGCAGCUGCGGCUGCAGGACCGACUGGAGACUGAGAGGGCAGAGGGCGAGAGGCGGCAGGACGAGAUCACCGCCCUGAGGAGAGAGAACGAGACGAGGUUGGCGCGUCUGCAGCGCCUCACCACGCCAGAACAACUGGCGGAGAUGAGACGUCAUCUGAAGCUGGAUGAAGCAGAGAAGGAUAAAACUGCCCUGACCUCCACCGCCGCCAGCACCGGCAAAGGAACUGACAAAGCCACCACCCGCGCAGCCGACACCUCCGAACCGAUGGUGACCAGCGCCGAUCCGAGCCCCGACACGGAGACGGCGCCGACCGCGUCUCCCUCGGCGUCUCCGUCGGCGGAGACAACAACAGCGGCGUCUCCGAGCGGCGAGCCGACCUCUGAGAGCAGCUGUACGGACAGAACGGCCACGGGAGACACUGCCAACGAUAUCACAGAGAGGGUCCUGGACGGAGGCGCCAGCGAGGAGCGCACAGUGGGGGCAGUGGAUAACGUGAAACUGGAUAAAUCCACUCCGGGGGUCGCUGGUGAGAGAAGUAACGGUAUCAAAACGACAGAUGUGAUUGAUAAUAAACCAGGAGUUGACACGGAGGGAAACACUGACAACAGGACCAGUGGUUCAACUAGCGACACCAUCACAAGAGCUGAUGACGCCUCCAACGCGAAUGUCGCCCCACUCUCGCCUGAUGAGAACGCUAACGCUUCGAGCGACACACUCACCACGGCUUCCCACGCGUCCGUCCUCGCCAAGACGGGCUCUGACGCCACACAGGCGACGUCUGACGUCACCCUGGCGGCGUCUGACGUCAUCAGGGACACAGUGGACUCUUCUCCGUCCCGCGCGGCGCUGGCGGAGCGCAGGAGACUGAUCCGGCGCAGGGCGCUGGGCGAGGAUGGAGGCGUGGGUGGCGCCGGCACCGAGCCCGUCCUGGUGGACCAGAUCGGUGGAGAGGUGCUGCGGCGCCGUGGCCGCAACAUCCACGGCCAUGCCACGGACUCUGUCAUCGAGCGCCUUCUGUACCGCGGCGGCAGUGGCGCGGGCGCGGCGAGCGGCGGCGCGGCGGCGGCCAAAAGUGACGCGCCGGUGCCAACUCCCGGCCGCC